AUGACUGACAAGAAAAAAGCAGCACAGCUCAAGGAGGAAGGCAAUGCCCUAUAUGUGAAGCAAGAAUACCAUGCGGCUGCCGAAAAAUAUAGCAAGGCGUUGGAGUACGACAGUGACAAUGCUGUUUUGUACGCGAACCGUGCUGCUUGCGCUUUGGGAAUAAAAGAUUAUCCCCAUGCUAGUGUCGAUGCACAGAAGGCCACUGAGAUUGAUCCAACCUACGCCAAAGCGUGGGCGCGACUUGCCACCGCUCGCGCUGCUCUUGGCACCAUAAUCGAGAGUAUCGAAUGUUGGAACAAAGCAUUAUCUACUCUCCCAAGAACCAACUUAAGCCCUGCCCAGUCUAGGCAGAAGGAGCAGUACGAGGCGGAAUUGAGGAAGAUCAGAGCCCAAGAGCACGAUGCACCAGCCGUUGGGAUCGUUAUGAAGGAAGGAGGGAAAGAGGCGCCGUGGGUUCGCGCGAAGGCUAUGCUACCCAAGCUACGAAGUCUCGGGUAUGCAAUGGUGCAGAGUAGCGCAUGGGUUAUAUCGGCAGCAUACGAUGUAGCGCAAUUUGAAGUCACAACCUAUCUAUUUCUGACUUUGCCCUUCUUCCAGGAUUUCGCUCAAGGUGUUGAGUUGAUGAAGUCCAUUAAAAAGUCUCCUACACCCGCGGGAAUAAUGUACUCAGGCCCCCCUGGAGCUAUCGAAGCUCUCACCAAUGGCAUCAUGAGGGACUCCCGUGCCUUCCACAUCGCAGAUAACAAUUGGCUGGAAAUGUACAAUAUACAGGUGAUGGUGAACUGUCAGAGGUUUCAAGCAUGGACCGGAGACAGUUCGCAGGUCAUCGCAGAGGCCCUGAGGCGGCAACGCAAGAAGGGCUGGGAUGAUGUUCGUCCAGCAAUAUCGACCACAGUUCGAGCGUGGAUCAUGCGAGCGCUCAUAGCGGACAAAAUUCAACAGAAAUCGGAUGAUGCUUUAAAAUUUUAUGACUGGAUCCUGGAUGUGCUUCAAUGGGGUAGACGUGUAUGGAAAUCUGUACCAAAAGACGAUCGCGGUUCUGUCUUUGAGAGCACUUUUGUGCGCGGCGUUCGUUCAUUACGUCUCGAGAGCCUGAUGGAGGCUUGCUCAAAAAAUCCCAGGCCUGACUCCAAAUAUACUUUGGAGGACCUCUUUGAAGAGGCCCAAGACCUCAUUCGCGAAAUUGACAUCGCAAUGACGAAUAUACCUACCGUCGAAUACGACCCAGGCUUCAUUUCUUCAUUCUACAUCUAUCCCAGAGCGCACGCAUACGCCAUGAUUGGAUUCUAUCACAACAAAAUGGCAAAGCAGUGUGCAGAGCUUGGAGUGACUAGCUUGGGGGACGUCAUGAUCCACUUCGCGGAGGCGUCCAAGGCUUAUCUUACGGCAGCAACCAUUUUCCCCGAAGACGACGAGAAUCAUGUCUGGUACCUGAAUUGCGCUCUCGAUGCGUUGUACAGUUGUGGCACACCCAUCAAGAUACUCUUGCCUAUAAUGGAGCGCGUACGACUCGCCAUUCCGAAGAUGAAGGAGAUCUGGGAAUUUUCUGCGCUCGCACACCAGGGAAGGGAUUCGAUAUUGCAGAAAGUCUUGUGGGGCGAAGAGGAUAUGCGGAAAGGACUCGCCGAUGGCAAGUUUACGCUGGAGGACAAGGUUAUGCCAGAGCUGCAGAAGUAG